AUGCAAAUGACUAAUAUUGUCAAAAGUAGGUUACAAUUGAAAAUAAUUAUCACACUUGUACUGCAUCGUAAAGCACAGUGUAUAUAUGAAUACCGAUGGAUAUUAUCAAUAAUUACAACAAAUAAUCAGAAAAUUGAAAAAAAUUUAUUAAUAAAACGUCAUAAAAAAUUAAAACGACAACAUGAUCUAAAUCAACAAAUGAGAUCAAAUGGAAUUAAACCGCAAUGGCGGUCCAUAUGGGGAAAAUGUCCAUUGAAUGCUGUGUGUAGUACAUGUCUUCCACCAUGUGAUCUUGAUCCACCUCUCUUAUCGAAUCCUGAUAGUUGCAAUGCAAUAUGUUCACAAAAUUUCGAUUGUCUGAGAAGUUGUUCAUUUAUCCAAAAUGUUUAUCAACAAAAUUCUGAUUGUACAACAGAUGAUGACUGUCAAAAUAGAUGUCUCGAUCAUGAUUGUACAAAAAAUCGUUGUUGUAACAAUCAAUGUCGUGAAGAUUGUAAAAUUGGUGAAAUAAAUAACAUUAACAGGUCAAAUGAAGGCAAAAGGGUAUUAAAAAAAGUUCAGUUAAAAGAUCAACCAAUACCAUAUAAUGUAACAGCGAUUGAACGAAAAAGUCGUAAAACGGUUAAAUUGAAAUGGCAUCAUACGAACAAUGAAACAGAGCCAAUAUUCUAUGUGAUCGAAGCACAAUGGAGUUUAAGUAAAAAACAUCCGUUUACACAAGAAGUAUCAAAAUGGGGAUUUAUAAAAGAAGAAGUAUCUCAUAAUAAAGCAAUAAUAAGAAAUAUCCAUCGUGGUAGAUGGUAUAGUUUUCGUGUAGCAGCUGUAACACGAUAUGGACGUUCGCCAUUCUCUCAACCAACUACACCUUUUCGAUUAACUCCUGAACCAAAAUCCAUACCAAUUCCAACAAAUAUUACAGUAAAAAAUUCCGUGUUUAAUAACGACGGAUCAUAUAAUGUAACAUUAACUUGGAUUCAAAACUCUCAAAGUGAAUUACCAAUUACUGGAUACAAGAUUUCAUGGAAACCAGAUUCGGAAAUAGCACAAAUAGUCGAUGAUGACAAAUUCGUCAAUGUUGAAUUAUCGUCAACGCCCAUUUAUGAUUAUACAGUACCAUACUUAAACGUCAACACAAUGUAUCGUUUUACGAUUCGUUCUAUAAUAUCUUAUGAUGAUCAAAUUGAUGUUGGUCCAUUUGCAACUAUAACAUAUCAAAUGAAUUCUUCAUCAAUAUCCAUUACUCCAACUCAAUUAUCAUCUAGUACUACUACUACUUCAUUUUUAUCCUUACCUUCUUCUCUUCGUCACCAACGUCAUGGAGAAUAUUCAGUUAUAAGUGAUUUAAAAAUAUCUGAACCAUUUUUUAUUAAUGGUCUUCUUAAAGCAAAUGUAUCAUGGACAAUAAAUGAUCAAACAGAUUUUUCUCUUCAAAUUCAGCAAUUUGAUUUAUAUUGGUUAGAAGUUAGUUGUACAAAUGAUGUAUCAUGUUGUUAUCGUCGUGAUGCAGCUACUAUAAAAAAUCAAUUUCAAAUAUACGAUCUAAGAUUUAAUUGUACUUAUGCAGUAAAUAUUAAUCCAGUUCUUAAUGAAAUUAGUAAAACGGGUAAUAAAUUAUCGCAACGGUUUAAUGUCACUAGUUGUUCAAAUAUACUAGUUUUUGGUUCUAUACGUCCACCAUGUCAUAUGACAAACUCAAAAAAUAUUAAAUAUUCUGGUCUAUCAUACAGCUAUAAUCGUACAGGAGAGAAUACUAUUGGUAUUAAUUUACAGUGGAAUCCACCAAAUAAUAAACUUUAUCUAACCGGAUAUCGUUUGCAAAUUGAACAAAUGUCUAAUAAUGAGGAUAUUCUUACUGUCGAUCUAGCUGCAAUAACAUUAGAGUAUUAUUAUCCAUAUUUACGAUCAAAUAUCCGAUAUAAUGUUACACUAAGUUCAAUUAAAAAUCAUAAAUAUAUUAUUUCAAAACAAUCGAUUAUAUUGGAUGAAAAUACCAUUAGAAAUAAUUCAAAAAGUACGACAAACUUUCGCCCUUAUACAUCUGAUACAAAUUUCGAACUAUUAUCAUCCAAAUCGAAUACUUUACGCAUAUCAAAUCCAUUUUUACUCAUAAUAUUUCUCACAUCGAUUGUAUAUCGUUGA